AUGCUGGACUCGUUGCCGGAUUAUUCAGUGCUCAAACAGGUAUUCGAGACAUGGCAGCAAGAGGCGCCAAAGGUCCUUCAACCUUCCAAUAGAAAAAACCUACAGCUUAAGGUGCUUUCCAAGAGUGAUUGUAUAACAUACGCGUCGACGUUCAUAGAGUUGAGCUGGGGUCAGAAGUCGGUGAAGAAGUAUUCGCAGGAGCAAGUUCUCGAGUUGGCACCUAUGGCAUUCAAUUGCAUUUAUAGUCUGCUCAAUGAUAGAGAAGAAAUCUUUCGAACAAUAAAGAAACACCAGGUUUACAUCAUUGAUUUGAUUGGGACGAAGAAGUUUGAGCUGGCGCUAGGCCAAAUAAGUAGCGUAAGCAGGAUCCUUCGUAAGCUUGUUGGUAUAGAUGCCGAUAUUGAAAUCAGAGAUACUUUUGUAUUGUCAUGCAUUCCAAAAUCUUCAAACUUUGAAGAUGAUCCUCAACUCGUCAGCAUAAUUAUUGCAUAUUAUUUUUUGGCAUUUCAAUCAUGGCUUCAGUAUAUCAUUGCUAAUCUUAAGGUGAUUUCUCAAAAUAAACACCCGGUAUUGAAUUUCUCCCUUUUCAUCAAGAUAGCAUCAGCUUUAGAUUCUUCUGGCGAAUUUAGUAAAUGGAUGAAGCAUUGUUAUACUGAAAAUGUGGGCAAAAAAGAAAAACAUUUUCAAAAUCAAUUGAAAAUCAUUUCAGGGUUUAUUAAAACUCUUACCUUUCUCAAAACAAAAAUAGAUAAUAUAGAAUUGAAGACGUCGCUUUCAGCUUUUGAAAUAAAAUUAAUAGAACUACAAUGCAUAAGUCAACAAGAGAUUUCUUUAAAUUUACUUGAAAAGAUUGAACUAAACCAUUUUACCAUCACAUUUAUAAAAAACCUUCAAUUGGUUUCAAAAGACUCCAGUAUGGCUAAGAGACUUGAUGAUUUAUUAAAUUCUCAAGAUACUCUUCCAUCUUCCAUCAAUUUAAUAGACACUAUAGAGACUGCUUCCUCUCGACCCAACAUUAAUACAAUGAGGCAACUCUCGACUGCCCUCUUGUCAUUCCCUCCUUCACCGUCGCUAUUCAAGGAUUCUUAUUUCUUAUCUUCUUUCAAAUCCCUGAACGAAAGAAUUACACAAUAUCAUAGUGAUUUUGCCACUACUUACUACUCCUUAAUCAUUGACUUUAUUACUCAAGGCUUUUUGGAAUUGGAAUCGAUUUCCAAACAGCAUUUACAAGUUCUCGAUCCAAUAACCAUUUUCAUUAGAAACUCUAUCGAUUCUUUUGAAAAAGAUUCAUUCCCUCUUAUUUCAAAAUUUUUGAACUAUCAGUAUUUGGUUUUUGCAAAAUUUGGAGAUUUAAAAAGAGUACGUAAUCUUUCUCAUCUAUACUUCAAUUUAGGUAAAAGAAACCACUCUUUUGAUUACUGGGAAAAAUCUUUCGAAUAUGAAGUCUUCAUUUAUACAUAUGGCAAAGAAACUCAGACUGAUGAAAAUUUAUCGAUCCUUCAAAACAAACUUGAAAAAAUCCUUAAUAUUUUGAAUGAUGAUAAUAAACCAAAAGAUUGUUGUGUUAUCAUUUCAACUUUCCUUUCUAUAUAUGAAAAGGCUAAAAAUGUUCCUAACGAAAAAGUUGUUUCAGCUGUUAAUUUAUUUGAUAUGCCAUUGAUCAUCCAAUUAAUAGUAAAAUGCUUGGUAUCUGAUAAAUCUUGUCUGGUUUAUCUUAUAGGAAAUUCUAGUUUGUUAUCAGACAAUAUGAAGGCAGUAUUGUUUAUAAAAAUUUGUCAAUUUUUGGAGAAGUCUAAUAGCGUAUCACAGAAGACUCUUAUAAUUAAUGAACUAGCUAGAGAUUUAUAUUUGUCCCAAUUAGAUGCAACAAUUAUUUGCAAUUAUCAUUAUUAUAUUUUAAAUGGUGUUCAGUAUGAGAUGUCAGAUGUUCGUGGUCCCGACACUCAAGUAUUACUCUUUAAAGGUGGAAUUGAACUACAAAAAUUGGUUCACUCAACCUCAUUCAAAACUAGUGAAAUUUAUAUCUGUGUUGGUUUAUUCAAAAAAUGGCUAGAAGUAUCUGCUGAAAGUGAGGUUUUACUCUACAGAGAUUAUGAAUUUGAAAUAUUGAAAUCUUUCGUUGCUUUCUUGAACUUCAACCAAAUGUAUGAUGAAUUAAUUGAAUUCUGCGAUUUCUAUAAAGCUAACAGAAAUUUUGAAGGAGUUUGGUUUCAAAGAGUUAAGCUUUUUUUGGACAUUGAAUCCUGUGACGCUAGCUUAAGAUUAGGGCUUAUAGAUCAAGCGCAGGAAUAUUUAAGAGCAUCAGGUACCCUAUUGAAAUACUUAUCAAACUAUACAACUAACGACAGAAAAUUAACUAAAAUAUCAAAUCAAGAUAUUGUCCACUGGAAGCUUCUCCAAAUUAAUUGCUCCAUUUUGAUGAAUAAUCACGAACAAAGUGUCCAAAGAUUUAAAUCAAUAACUAAAUUUUUGGAAAGCAAAUCCGAAUUCAACUUAAAAGAACAUGUUCCUGGUAUCACCAUAGAGAAUCGUUUCAUCAAUAUGAUUUUGCUUGCAAAACUCCACAUUUCUACUUGUAAUCUCCUAAUUCAAUCAAACCAAUACAUUGAAUCAUUCAUUGGCUGUAAAAUGACAUUAAAAAUCCUUCAUUCCGUCGUCAAAAAGCUUCCCAAUAAUAUUCCAAAAGAUUUUUAUAAUCACAUGAAGUGGAAAGCUGCGGAUUUGUUAUUUCAAUGUUAUGAACUAAUACUAUGUGUGAUGAAGCAUUUGGGAAUCACCAGAGAUUUUUCUUACUAUAUUGGAGAAAUAACAAAUUUGAAUUCUUCCAUAUCUGCUCCUUUUUCAAAAUGCAUUAAUAAUUAUUUUGCUGCAAAGAAUCAAAUUAUAAUUCACGAAUUUGAAGAUGCUUCGAUUGAGUUGAAGAAGGCUUCUUCCAACAUUCAGCUUCUCAAUGAAAACUAUUUGAAAGCUCCGGAAGCUCAACUAAACAUUAUGUAUAAAGAACUCACCGGAAAUCUGGCUGUACUGAAUGACACAUUGGACUCAUGGAAUUUGUCCGAUUUAACUAAGUUGUUACAUAACGAUUCUCUCAAAUCCUCCUUAGCAUACCUUUCUGUGACGAAGUUUCCAGUAUUAGAUUCAGCAUAUUUACUUUCCUUAAAGGGUAAAGGUCAAAUUGAGUUUUUGGACGAGGAUGUUUCAGAAGAUAAACAUAGGUCAGUUAUCAAAAUUUUGAUGAAAGUAAAAAGAGAGCUAUUUAUCUGUCAGCUGCUAUUAUCAUCUUUACCUCUUAUGUCCACCUUUUUGGACACUCCAUCGUCAAUUCCAUGCAUGUCUACAAAGUUUGGUACAAAAGCUGAUUCCGAUACAGUAUCAACUAUAGUCGAUAAACUAAUACAAACAAAGCUGAUAUUAUUCAAAUCAGCACAACGCGGUUACUUGAAGUUCCUUGAUAAUCAUGAGUUGCAUGAUUUUGGUAAGUGCCUAUCUCUUUGCUUAUCGCAUUUGUCGUUAAUUAGAGAGUUAAAACCUUCUUCUACCUCUCAUUUAACCCGAACAUUACUUUAUUUACAGGACCUACCACGACAAUAUCCUUUUUCAAAUGACAAGCGGGCAUAUGCUAUGGAUGCGGAAGCAAUUAUAGGAACUAAUGAACUUUUACCUAAAUUUUGUCCCCUCCCUAUCGAAACAGAUAACAUAGAUGAAUCUGCCGAUGUGUUUAUUUCAGAAUUAAUUAGCUUUUUACCUAAGAAUUGGUCGGUGAUCACCUUAGAUAUCUGUCCAUUGAAUGGUGAUCUUUUAAUAUCAAAAGUUACCUCCUCUUCUUCAAUCCCAUUUUUCUUGAGACUUCCAUUGCUGAGAUUCAAUUCAAGAAAUUUCAAGAAUAUAAACUUUUCCUUUGGAGACUUAGAAGUUGAAUUUAAGACGCUCAUAGAACAAAGUGCAUUAUCAACGAAAUUCUCCACAACUUCCCAAAUAAAAACUAAAGAGGAUCGCAGAAAAUGGUGGAAAUUGAGAUUCGGCUUGGAUAUGAACUUGAAAAACAUGUUGGAUAUAGUUGAUAAACAUUGGAUUGGAGGAUUUAGAGGAAUCUUUACUACGAACGAUAUGUCAGAAAAUGAGAUUUUUACAAAUUUCAUAAGGGAGUUAAACAAUAUAUGGCAGGAUACUCUUUCAGUUGCCUCUAUAAAUUCUUUCGAGAUUGGUUCAACGGUGGCAUACUUUUUUUAUAACCUUGCUCAAGAUAUAGAUGAUUUUUGUGAAUUUGCCUCACCAGACUUGGAUGACCUUAUACACUUUGUUUUGGAGACAAAUAAUUAUCAUCACCAGAUUAACAUAUUUGAUUUGGUUAAUAUUGAUCAAUUGAGAUCAUCUUUGCUAGAACUUUUAAAAUCAUACUCCAGUACCAAAGAAGCAAUUAGGGCUUGUCAAAUGUCUGACAAAGAAGAGCACAUUGUAUUGGUCCCAAGUUUCAAAUGCAACUUCUUUCCCUGGGAAUCACUCGAAUGUAUGAGAGAUCGAUCUGUGUCAAGAAUGCCAUCCAUCUCUUCGACAAUUCAAUUGUUGAAAUCUAAAAAGAGCUUGAAAGUUUAUUCAGAAAACAAGAAUGAGUUAUUUUACUUGAUCAAUCCUGGAGGUGAUCUCACCCGUACAGAAAAUAAAUUUAAACCCUUAUUUCAAUCAAUUGAUAAUAGUUAUGGAAUGUUUGGAGUAAAGCCACAAGAAGAGAAUUUCGUUGAAGGAUUAUUGACCAGUGAUCUUUUUGUCUAUUUAGGACACGGCGGCUGCGAGCAAUAUGUCAGACCAUCAUCAUUAUUGAAAACAGUCAAUUCAUCCCCCUCACAGAAACUACCACCUAGUCUUUUGGUUGGUUGUUCCUCCGGCAAGCUUCAUUCAAACGGAUUCCUCGAACCAAAUGGUAACGUUUACGAUUGGCUUAUUUGCGGAUCGCCGAUGAUAUUGGUAAAUCUCUGGGAUGUAACUGAUAAAGAUAUUGACUCGUUCAGCUCGUCAGUAUUUGAAAAAUGGGGGUUGCUUAGUUCCUCUAGGACUGACUUUAGCAUCUCUGAGGCAGUUUCUGCGUCCCGUGAUGAAUGUACCUUAAAGUACUUGAAUGGGUCUGCGCCUAUAGUUUAUGGACUUCCUUUGAAAAUUAGGUAA